GACGUAUAAUCUAGUGGACGGAACGCUUCUUCAACAACUGCAGCCACCUCGGUAGCUCGCUAGACAACAAAGUCGGAACAUUCAAGCUCUUUAGACAAUUUCGUGGUUUAUUUGCCACUAUGAUUUAAACAUACUUAUGUGGAAACAACUAGAUACCCCAUUUAAUUUAAUAUUUACGUUGUAAGUCAAUUAGCUGUCUGGUCAAGUUAGCACUAGUCUAGUCGCUAAUGCUAACUAGCUGUUAUCCCCGACCAUGAGUUCACUAAGCUACUCUCCUCCUGAUAAAGAAGAGAACAUCUGCUGGACGGAGAAGGAAGCUCUCGUCAAAGAGGAGGCUGUUACAAUACAAGAACAAGUAGAGGGUGGGGCUGUGAAAGAGGUGGAGGAAGACGUUUCAGUGAAAGACGAGCUCGUCUUUAGACGCUUUAGUGUAUAUUAGCCACUGUGUUUUAAACCCACUUCUAUCGUCUAGUUAGUUACCCGAUUUAAUUUCAUAUUUACGGUGUAGUUAUUAGUCAGCUAGCGGGCUGGAUAAAUUAGCAUUAGCCUAGCUAGCUAACAUCUCCGACCAUGCGGUCACUAAGCUACUCCCCUGCUAAAGAAGAGCAGAAUGUCACAGUAAAACAAGAAGUAGAGGGUGAGGCUGUUGCCGUGGAAGAAGAAGAGAAAUACGUUUCAGUGAAAGAAGAGGAAGACGCGUUCAGAGUGAAAGAGGAGGAGGAUGUUACAGUAAAAGAAGAGGAGAAAGAGGAGGAUGCAGGUUUUGGAGAGAAGGAAGUUACUGUGACAUUGAAAGAAGAUGAAGACGUUUUUUUAAUGAAGGACGAAGAGGGGGAGAUUACUGUCACAUUAGAGGAGGACGAAGAAGAGAAGACUGGAGAACUGAUUAACACCAGUAAGUACAGAGAUAUACUUGACUAUCGUGGAUCCUCUGGGGAGCCUCAACAACCUUGUGAUGCUGAAGAGGCAGAGAAUAGUCUCUCCAGAUCAGAACACCUCAAGAAACACUUGCAGAGAUCCACAGGGAGGAGAACUCACUGCUGCUCUGACUGUGGGAAGAGAUUCACCUCAUCAGGCAUUAAAAGUCAUCAGAGAACACACACAGGAGAGAAACCUUAUAGCUGUGGUCAAUGUGAGAAGAGUUUUUCUGCCUCUAGCACUCUGACUGUACACCAGAGAACACACACAGGAGAGAAACCUUUUAGCUGUGGUCAAUGUAGGAAGAGUUUUACUACAUCCAGCACUCUGACUGAACACCAGAGAAUACACACAGGAGAGAAACCUUAUAGCUGUGGUCAAUGUGGGAAGUGUUUUACUUCAUCUGGCUCUCUGACUCAACACCAGAGAACACACACAGGAAAUAAACCUUAUAGCUGUGGUGAAUGUGGGAAGAGUUUUGGUGGAUCUGGAGAGCUGACAGUGCACCAGAGAACACACACAGGAGAGAAACCUUAUAGCUGUGGUCAAUGUGGGAAGAGUUUUACUACAUCUGGCCAUCUGACUGUACACCAUAGAACACACACAGGAGAGAAACCUUUUAGCUGUGGUCAAUGUAGGAAGAGUUUUUCUUCAUCUAGCUCUCUGACUGAACACCAGAGAAUACACACAGGAGAGAAACCUUAUAGCUGUGGUCAAUGUGGGAAGUGUUUUACUACAUGUGGCUCUCUGACUCAACACCAGAGAAUACACACAGGAGAGAAACCUUAUAGCUGUAAUCAAUGUGGGAAGGGUUUUAUUCGAUCUGUCCACCUGACUCAACACCAGAGAACACACACAGGAGAGAAACCGUAUAGCUGUAAUCAAUGUGGGAAGGAUUUUGGUCAAUCUGGAGAGCUGACAGUGCACCAGAGAAAACACACAGGAGAGAAACCUUAUAGCUGUGGUCAAUGUGGGAAGAGAUUUGCUUCAUCUGGCUCUCUGACUCUUCACCAGAGAACACACAGGAGAGAAAGCUCAUAGCUGUGACCAGAGAUAAUCUGAUAAAUGAUCUCUGAUCAAAUAUUAGAAAAUACAUACAUGAAGUAGUUGUUUCAUGAUUUCAACUAAUUAAUGUCACAAUGUAGAAUGUUUUAACAUUGUUUUAGGAUUAUUUUAAUAGUGUCACAAUGUAGAAGCCUAAACGUUUGCCCCCUUAUCAAUUGAUUUCAACAAAAUGUGGAUAUUAGCCUUAAAAUCCUAUAAAAAGCCUAUAAAAUCCAGGCUCUGAAAUGGAAGAGAUUGAUUGGUGUCACCUCGUUAGUCAGUAUGUGUUACACCCGUGCUGGCUUGUCCAUCUCAUUAGUGGGAAAGUGUUUCACCUGAGCUGGUCCAUGUUCUAUUUAAGUGUCUGGCCCAGUGCUCCAGUUGUCUUGAUAGAUGUGGAGAGUCAACACCUUUUUGGUUUGCGUCCUGUUUUGAAGUUUGUUGUGGGUUUUUCUUUUGUUUGCCUCUUCUUGGGCAGAUUUAGUGGGUCUCAUGGUGGGUGGCUUUUAGGUCCCAGUUGUUGUUACUAGUCAACUUUCAGUGGACACUGAGAGCAAAACUUCAACAAUAUGUUAUAAUACUUUUAUUGUAUCAAAUGGUUGUGUUAUACAAAAGAAUAGAGGGUUCUUAGAACUAUAGUGUCUGUGUGUUCUACUGAGGAUGGGCCUCUGGGAGAAAACACUGACAGGAGAUUUACAAUGUCUUUUGGGUGAUAAAACCUAAAGAGACAGUAUUCCAGAUUAUGAGUUAAUGUUUCUGUUCUAUAUGUUACCAGGGAGAGAUGACCCCAGGGCCAGACCCUGGUUUCUACACAGAGUACUGUUUUUACAGCAGAUACCGUCUGCUGAGAAUUAUAAGUAUCUUUCAUACAAAUCCUAACCUUGUGACCCGUUCUAUACAUCUGUUGUUCGUCAUGUAGGUUGAAAGGGGUGUAUUUUGGCUAUAAAAUACCUUUGUACUUUUGUCUUGGGGCUCUCAACAAGUAGUCUGGGGGUGAUUUGUUGACCAGCCAUCAUUAUCGUAGAGACUCAAUUGAUUCACUUCAUAUGUGUGCGUUAUAUUGACCUUCUCCCUUAUUAAGUGAAUAAAGAUUUAGUUUAAGAAUAACUCUGACUUGUGAUAAGUUUGUUUCCUCAUUUGAUAUUAAUCUUCACUUGGUGACCGCUCCUGACGACCUGGGUAAAUGGUACACCAGGAAUCCCUCUAACUUGGGAUCUCAGGGAGACCACACUUUGGGAAUGGAGCAGAUGGACCCACCUUUCAUCUGAGAGGCAGCGAGCUGAGUGGAUACCACAUCUCAAACCUAGUCUAAAUAAAAAGAGGUGAGCGAAACACCUACAAACUACAAGUGUAGUUUUUAGAAAAGCCUCGUAAACAGGGCCGAGGCAAUAGGCUCUGAGUGUGUUUCCUGUGUGAGGGGGUCACCUUGGAGGUGUAAACAGGGCUGAGGCAGUGGAAGAUGAUCUGAGAGUAAGUCGACUCGGACACCUAUCAUUGGUCGGUUGCAGGCGACCUAGAGCCGUCCUGACACUGAAUUGAUCACAGUGGGGAUUGGUGCGGCCUGUAGGUGGGAGGGGCCAGGGUGACUGGGUUCUGUGUGAAACACGGGACCUGGUGAAACUCUAUUGGAAAAAGGACCUCAUUCUGAAAAGUGUCUGUGACCCUCAGAAGUGGUGAAUUCCUAUUUUAAAUGUGCUGGCCAGCUAUGCCCUGGAUUCGGUCAUUUAGUGUUAAAUAUCUACAGUCUUUGAACUAGAUGACAACUCAUAUCAACUCAAAUUUGAUAAAUAUGAGGUUUAAAUAUUAUUAAACAGUCUACAAAGUCUGGGCAGUUGUCUCAGAAACUGGUGGGAGUGUGUCCACUCUAGGGUAAGUUGCCAUAACGAUGAAACUAUAAAACGCUUACUGGAUUUUCUCCAUCUGGGUACGACAUUUUAAAUAAAACUGCCCUUAAGGCCUGAAAAUUCCACUUUUGGUUCUUCCCAGUAUGAGAGAAGUUGCUAUAUUUAUUGAAUAAACAUUUUUACAUCAAGUUAGAGUGAAACAAGGUGACUGACUAGCUGUUGAUGUUGAAGAAGCGUCCCGUCCACUAUAUUAUACGUCACAGUUGCAGAAUUUACCUGAAAGACGCACAUCGCCAUCUGCUGACUGGAGUUGGUAUCGCAGUUGAGAAAAUACUUUCAGACAAAAAGCUAAAAAGCGACUGCCCCUAAAAACCAACGAAUCCCUUUGAAAAUGGGUGAUGUGUCAUCAGAAACAUUUAUCAUCGUGUAAAAAUGUACUACAAAGUGUAGCUAAAUAUAAUCUUUGGUCAUUUCCCCUCAGUCCAAGGACUUCGAAUUAUGGGGCGAUAUCAGGUCUGUCUGUCGUGGCCGCUAUUUCACCCCAAAAUAGUCAUCCCACAUUGGGCUGUGUAGAACUACGUAAAUGUCUCUCGGACAAGGUGACUUUCAUCAAUAUACACUCUAAAAGGUAAAGGUUCCUGGAAUAUCCUUUAGGGGUUCUUCAAUUUGAAACUGUGAGGAAACCCCUAAAAGUUAUUGGAAGAACCUUUUGUGGGAACCCCAAUAAGUUCUUUCAAGAACCCCUUAUCAUGGUUCCUCAAAGAACCUUUUGGAGUUCAUUGUUUCUAUCUGUCCACCCUCCCUCCAUUAUAAAAACAUAUUUUAAUAAUAAUCACAAUAUUAAUUUAAUUAAUGUCACAAUGUAGAAUGUUUUAACAUUGUAGAAGGAGAAUUUUAAUGAUGUCACAAUGUAGAACCCUCAAUGUUUGUCCCCUUUUCUAUUGAUUUCAACAUGACAUGGAUAUUAGCCAAAGGGGGAAAAUCCAGGCUCUGAAUUGGUCACAAAAAGUGAUUAACAAAAAAAAGAGUUGUUCCAUUUACCACGUUGGUGACCCACCUCAUUCAAUAUGCAACACUUCAAAAUGUAUCUGUCUGUUUUCUCCUAAUUGUCCUCUAACCAGUGGUGUGCACAUUAUUCCCAGAUUCCGUGUGGUUUUUGCUGCGUUAGUUUUAACAGGACUUGCAGCCUCAUCUCCCCCCUCUCGGCACAAUUGAUUUCAACGUGAUAUCGAUGAGUGAUGACAAAUAAGUGUUGCGUUCCUUUGUUUAGCGACCCCUACAUUUAAAUGCAACACUCCAAAAUGUAGCUCACUGUCUUCUGCAGGUUGUCCUCUAACCAGUGAGGUAAAAGAUAUCUCCCAUUUACAGGUGUUUUUUUGUAUGUGUCAGUUCCAACAUCAUGUACAACCUGAUUUCUAAUCGAUAUCAGUGAUUUAUUGCUACUGUCAAAACAACAGUGUUCUGGUGCUUGUGGAGCUUGUUUUAAGAAGUAAAAUGAUUAUUGUUGCACGUUUGUUUAAAUUUUAUGAUUCUCAAUUCAUCAAACUGUUAAUGCAUAUUGGUUAUUGAUUUGGACACCCCAAAAUGUCAUUAAAAAGAUGCCCGAAGUCCAAUAUAUGUUCGGUUGAAAGUGAAAGUUAAGAUGUCUUUUCAGGUCGUUUUUUUUUCAAUGACUUGAAAACAACUUAAUUUCAACGUACUUGCAGCCUGGACGCAGUAUGAUAAAUUGAGUCUAUAAUCAAUUAACAAUCUGACAUCACUCCAGUAUUUUUUGACAACAUUCAAGUGCUAAUUGUCUUUAUUCCACUACUGAAGAAGCAUGUCUCAAAUCACCUCAUAUUUCAAACAUUCAGCCUGACAAAAGAUACAUGUUUAUUAUUUCAUGCCUCACCAUUAAGUGAAGUAUUGCCAAUACAUAUUAACAAAGCGGUGUACAUUUGGUUUUGAUAAUUCAUAUUUACAAUUAUGUAACAUUUAGUAAUCAUAGUUAUUCAUGCAACCAACUGACAGUUGGAGGUGUGAUGUAGUUAAUGGAGAUGGAGGUGUGUUCUAGUGGGUCUGGGCAGGUGUGAUGUAGUUAAUGGAGAUGGAGGUGUGUUCUUGUGGGUCUGGGCAGGUGUGAUGUACUUCAUGUUUGUAUGAUGUUGUCGUUUGUAUGUUUUGUGUUGUUUAUAAAAAGAUAAAUAAAAUAUUUUGCCCAAUGCAAAGUAACACCUCA